UUUCAUCCUAUGGUCUAAAGGAAAAAAUAAGCCUCUCGUCAGCUCACAGCGGGGGGUCUGAGUGUUUCACGUGAUUCGUGAGUAAAAGCUCCACCUUUGGGAUAAACCCUCGGCGGCAUCUGUGCGCCGCUGCCUGCCGGCCGGGACAGACGGAGCGGACGGGGGAUGCAGCAGUGAGCGCCGCCGCUGCUGCUGCUGCUGUUGUUGCUGCUUCUUUGUCUAUUUUACCUGCUUUUGACUAUGGUUUUCGUUUUCCAGCGCUCUGUGGUUGAUGAAGGGCUCUGUCCGAAAAGACACACACGAGAACAGGUUACCCGCACGGCGUGUGUGCCGUCGCUUUCGUUAGUAAUGAGACUCUGAUUUGCGCGGAGAGGAGAGGACAGGAUGCCCGCCAGCGGCGCCGACUCACUGAAACCCAGCGCCUUCAUCCCGGUGUGCACGGCCACAUGCCUCCUGGUCGGCUCUACAUCCCUCUUCUUCGUCUUUACAUGCCCGUGGCUGGCUGUGACCAUCUGCCCUGCUGUGCCGCCAUGCUGUGCCAUCCUCUUCCUUUUUGUGCUGGCCAACUUCACCAUGGCAACCUUUAUGGAUGCUGGUGUGCUGCCAAUGGCAAACGAAGAUGAGGACAAGGAUGACGAGUUCCGUGCUCCGCUGUACAAGAACGUGGACGUGAAGGGCGUCCAAGUGCGGAUGAAGUGGUGCGCCUCAUGUCAUUUCUACAGACCUCCGCGCUGCUCGCACUGCAGCGUCUGCGAUCACUGCGUGGAGGACUUUGACCACCACUGUCCCUGGGUGAACAACUGCAUCGGGAGGCGAAACUACCGCUACUUCUUUCUGUUUCUGCUGUCACUGACAGUUCACAUGAUCGGCGUCUUCACCUUUGGCCUCAUAUACGUCCUGCACCACAUGGAUGAAUUAUGGAAGCUGCACUGCACAGUCACUUUGGUCGUGAUCAGUAUAUCAGGGCUGUUUCUUAUCCCGGUCCUGGGUCUCACUGGAUUCCACCUGUACCUGGUGUCCAGAGGGCGCACCACCAACGAACAAGUAACCGGGAAGUUUCAAGGAGGAGUAAAUCCUUUCACACGAGGUUGUCGUAACAACCUGGAGUAUCUGGUUUGCAGUCCAAUCUCUCCAAAGUACACAGCGAGGCCCUGUAAGAAAAUGGUGGUUCACGUUCAGCCUCCGUUCCUGAGACCAGAGAUUGGCAGGCAGAUGUCGACGAAAGCCAGGGACAACGGGAUACAGAGUCGGGAUCUCCAGAAUAAACGAACCUCAGCCGCAGCUGUCGAGCUGUCAGACAUCAAACAGAUGAAAACUCCACCACCACUGCCACCAAAGCCAGACCACGGCCUGCUGAAAAGCCAACGAUCUGCCAUGGAUGAGAUGGACAGACAUCAUACCAAAACCAUCAUUCCUGUCUCCAUUCCCACUGUGCCGCAGCUACGGCCCGUUCUUGAAGCCAUAUCUAGAGGAUCGUCACCCAUUCCUCCAGAGCAGUUGCUGAAGACAUCAGAGCCACAAGGGAACAACAAAAGUCCAGACCUCCACUCUGAGUCUAAAGAAAGCCCUUCGAGAGGCAGCCAGCAGGCCAGCCUGCCUCUUCAGACCAACAGCAUCUCCAGCUCGCUGCAGCUCAACUCUCUGCCGCUCAACUCCCGCUCUCUCACCCUCAAACAUAGCAGUCGUCACGGCAGCAAAUCCCAACUACCUGCCAUGCAUGGUGACGGUUUGGGAUCCAAUCCCACGCCGGGCAUCAUCACCUCUUCCAGCCUGCUGGCCAACCACAGCAGCAGCCUCUCCUUUGAUAACCUCAACCACCCUGCAGACCCUCAGUUCCUGGCUCAGAGGGGGGUUCCUUCAGUCGGCUACCACCCUCACUUCAUGGCUCUGGGAUCAGAUGGGACUGUAGUGCAGCGGCCCCCUCCUCACACUUACAGUCCUGUGUUUAUGGGCAUCACCAGACAGUCUCCCCAACCUCGAGACACCUCACCGUCUUUUCAGGGCCUCACCUCAAGGGAUCCCUCGCCUUCCUUCCAAGGUUUCAUACAAAGAGACCCUUCUCCGGCUUUUCAAGGGCUGAUAAUGAGAGACCUUGCAUCCCAAAGUGUAACAUCACGAGACCUUACACCUCCAGGUUUGGCGAUGCGAGAUCUGACCUCUCAAAGUCUCCGAGACAGUCUUCGUGAUCUCGGCCCACAGGGCUUGACACCUCAGAAAUCUGCGGCCACACGCUACGACAACUUUACAAAAACCAUUAUGGCAUCUAUCCACGAGAGACGGGAGAUGGAGGAGAGGGAGAGGAUGAUGCGCCUCCAAGCCAGAUCCCAGGCCCUCUAUGGCCCAGAUGUGGGGAUCUAUGACAUCCCAAGCAGGAGGAGUCUACCACCAGACAACAUCCGACCUCCAGGCUCCCGUGGACCGACUCCUCCUGCCUACGGCUCCAGGGAGUUUCUGAUGAGUACGGGCAUUCUUGGUUAUGGCAUGAGGACCUCACCUCUCUCCAGCUCCUCCACGUCUUCUCUGACUCGAGGCCCGAAAACGUCCAGCUCGCCUCUGCAGAGCAGCAGCAGCAGCAGCCUGCAAAGCAAGGGCAGGUCUUCCUCUCCGGCUUACUGCACCUCUGACAGACAGACUCAACCCCUCCCUUCGUCUACAUCCACUCUGCCUCGUCUACCCUCCUCCUCCAGCUCCUCCGCCCCCUCGUAUGCCUCCUAUGCCACCACAAAACGAUCCUCGCUCACAUAUUCCUCUGAGGGGAAGGACUCAGUCACCCUGGGAGCCCUGAAAUAAGAUAAACACACACACACACUCCAUACAUAUUGAUGCUGUUAAUGAAUCAUCUAUGCAGUGAUAGUCUCAGUCUUCACAGCUCCAAAAUACUUUGUAAAUAAGAGGCCAUUUGGGACUUUCCUGUGUGGGAGGGUGUGUGAGAAGCAAAUACAGUGAAGGAUGAGCUUAGAAAUAUUCCUGGAAAGUCCUAAAAGUCUGACCAAAUCUGAAAAUCUCAGGAUAGUUGUGCCUCCUCUUGCAAACAGAGCGAGCUCUACAAACUUAGUCGAAGCAGAAGGGCUUGUUGUGAAGACUACAGAUCAACUUAUUAUCUGUUUGUAUGUGUUUUUUGAUAUUGCUUUUGUGAAACAAUGUAAUACCACAUCAUCGAAUUUGUCUCCCGCCGCGAAAU